AUGAACUCGCUAAAAAAGUUGGUCGUAUCUUUGGAGCCUCUUUACCCCAGUGCCGGCUCGCCGAAUCCAGAGACCUGUGAGAAACUGGACUAUGAGGAAGCAGGCCCGCUGGACGAACCAAUCUCGCUGGCCAGCACUUCCUUUGAGCCGAUCUUGGAGGAAAACGAGGCCCCGAGACCGGAAAGCCUAUGGAGAUCUGCCCGGGCCUUAGUGGCGCUGGUCCUCCACGCACUCUUCGUCAGGCCCAUCCUUCUUGCAUGGCUCUUAGCCUCGUUCCCGUUCACGUACGUCUUUGGGAGCGAGUACCAAGAGGCCGCCCCCUCAGAGAUGCAUGCGUCGCUGGCCGAGGACAUCCACGAGAAAACCGCCUUGCUAAAAGAGGAGAAGAUCUUGGCCAACAACAUCAAGUCUCCCACGGCUUCCAAGUACAUUCUCCCGCCGCCGCCGCGGCUCUUCCCGCUCUCGCGCAACCCCGAAAAACGGCGGAAAAAGAAGACUCUCGUGUUGGAUUUGGACGAGACUUUGAUCCACUCGCUUUCGCGCGGCGCCCCUCGGUCUUUCGGGUCGAGUGGAUCCAGCCACACCAUCGAGUUGCGGGUCAACAAUGUGUCCACGCUUUACUACGUCUACAAACGGCCCUUCUGUGACUUUUUCUUGAAAGAAGUCUCGAAAUGGUUUGAGCUCCAGAUCUUCACUGCUAGCGUGAAGGAAUACGCGGAUCCAAUCAUCGACUGGUUGGAAAGCGACAUCAUUGAUUACAAGAACACGCCGCAGGGUGAACUGCCCAAGGUGUUCACCAAGCGCUACUACAGGAGUGACUGCACGUUUCGUUCCGGCGUGGGAUACAUCAAGAAUCUAUCGACAUUUUUCGCAAAGGAAGACGAGUUGAAGAACGUGAUCAUCUUGGACAAUUCGCCUGUGAGCUACGCACUCCACGAAGACAACGCUGUCAUGAUAGAAGGAUGGAUCAACGACCAGAGCGACCGCGAUUUGCUCAAUAUCUUGCCCAUGUUGUACAGCUUGAGUAUAUGCAUCGAUGUGCGCUUCAUCCUAGGCUUGCGUAGUGGAGAAAAAUUGUUUGAAAACUCGUGA